ACCAGCCAGAACUCCGAAGUCAUCACACGAUGCCUUGCACUCAGAUGGACCACACCCACAUCUGGCCCGAGAGCGGACCGUUGACCAUCGAGCGCUGUGAGACCUUCUGCCAGUACUGCCCCGGCGCCGAAGGCAAGCACAAGUUCAAGUUCGCCUGGUUCCUCCGUCGUCACGUCCACGACGUCCAUAUCGCCAAGCCAGGCGCCGACCAUCUCUUCGUCCAGCUCAAGAAGCAGUGGACCCGUUCGCCGGCCGACGAGAAGAAGCCAGCAAUCAAGUCCUCCGCCAAGCAGCGUGCCGCCAAGAAGCGCAACGCCACCCCGGACUCUUACAACAGCGAAGACUUCACCACUGAGCACCUUACCACCGAUCCGAUGUUGGGCUAG